GAACAGCUUCAGGACCUGAAAUCAUGGCAGCGAUGCAGGGAAGUGCAAUCGGCAAACCUCAGUUUGGCCCAUGGCUCAUAGAGCAGGUGGAAAGUGGGAAAUAUGAGGGAUUGUGCAUGAUAGGCAAUGACAUAUUUCGGAUCCCCUGGAAACACAACUCACGAAGAGACCUUGGGGACGGCGAUGUUAAAAUAUUUAAGGCAUGGGCUGUGGUCAGUGGGAAGAUCAACGAGCACCAUAACGACAAAGCGAAAUGGAAGACGAAUUUCCGUUGUGCACUUCAUAGUCUAAAAAACUUCGAGAUGUUAGAGGAUCACUCCAAAGAUCCGGAGGACCAACACAAAGUCUAUCGCAUAAUCCGUCCUCAAAAUCACCAAGAGAUCCAGAGUGUAGAGCCAGAUCAACUUCCAUUCAUUCCUGAUCUCUACAGUGCAGCUAAUUACAUGUCUGAUGAAAUGGAGCAGGAAUUGCUCAGCCAGGUGGAGACAAUGGAUCUAAAUCAUCAACACGCAGAAUCCCAACCAUGGGAAACCUGUUCCCAACAAAUCAUUCCGACCACCUCAAGCAACUACUAUGAGACUCCCUACUCAGAUGUUCAGUCCUUUCAGAAUAACACACCUCUCCAAGACCAGCAACUCUACACUACAGUGCAGCAAUUGAACCUUCCAGCUCUCUGUGACCUGGAGAUCUCGAUCAACUACAGAAGAACAGAAGUUUUGAAAACUCGCCUGUGUUCACCACUCGUUCAGUUUCACUACCAGUGCGACCCAUCUGAGCUGAGAGGACAGCCAAUCCGCUUCCCAUCCACUGAGGGUCUGAUCGACCAAAAACAGAUCCAGUUCACUAAACGCAUACUGGACAGCAUUCAGAGAGGCCUGCAGCUGGAGGUAAACCAAUAUGGCAUCUACGGCUUCCGUCAGGACAAGUGUAAAGUCUUCGUCAGCACCAGUGACCCGUCUGAGAUCCAGAACCCAGAGCCUAGAAAACUGCAUCAGAACACCAGAGAGCUUCUGCUCAGCUUUGAUAAGUACAUAAGAGAUCUGAUGGAUUUUAAAGAGAACAGACGGGGUUCUCCAGAUUACACCAUCUACCUGUGCUUCGGAGAGAAGCUUCCGGAUGGAAGACCACUGGAGAGGAAACUGAUCACUGUCAAAGUUGUACCUCUGAUUUGCCGUGAAUUUCAUGAGAGAGCUCAAAUGGAGGGAGCGUCCUCUCUUUGCAAUGAAAACAUUAGCUUGCAGAUCUCCCACAACAGCCUUUUUGACCUUUUAAAUUCUUUGGGUCCGCCUUCAGUGGCCUAAAGCAGUUGUUUUCACCAUGAAAUCAGCCAGCUAACAUUCAUUUCCACACACACAGACAUUAUAUAAGAGAGAGAGAGAGAGAGAGAGAGAAUUACAUUUUGUUACUGUUAUACUUCAGCACAAUGCAAACUGACAGAACUUUCCCGAGGUGAUUUCCGUGGGGCAUUCAAAGGCCUUGUAAUUGCUCUGAAUUCAUUGCUGGUCGUUCUACCGUUUAAUAGCUAUCUCAAUUAAACUGUAUUGUUCAAAUUACCCGAAACAUUGUCUUUUUAUUUUGUAAUGAGAGCUAGAGCCUCGUUUUAAUAUCCUGUCUUCUAGUGAAGAAUCUUUCACCUUUCGCCCAAAGGGCUGCACUUGUAUCACUUCUCAUCUGUCGCUUUAUGAAUGUGAUAUCUAGAAAGUUUGGUAUCAUUAAAUGUACUAUUAUUUAAAAACUACUGUUUGCUUGUUAUGGGUGUUGUUUUAUUAAAUGAUGCUGAUGCCAAUACCUAAAGACGGACUAUGUAUAAAAAUGUUA